GACGUAGGCAUACAUCAUAAAACAUGGCGGCAAUAAUGUUGCUGCUUGGAGUAUCUAUUCUUGCUCUCUUGAAUUCAAUAAUUUUAUAUUAUAUAAAUGAAACUGUACCCUCUCCUUAUAUGGAUGAAAUAUUUCACGUUCCGCAAGCUCAGCAAUAUUGCCGGAAUAAUUUCAGUCACUGGGACCCAAUGAUAACCACGCCCCCUGGGCUAUAUUUAAUUUCAUUAUUAACAAUAAAGCCAUUGUCAUCACUGUUUGCUAAAGAUCUAUGCAUUACAUCAUUAUUACGUGCCCAGAACGUCCUUUUUAGUCUCAUCAGUUUCAUUGUAUUUCAUUCGUUACUAUCGUCAAUACAUUCCCAAUUAAAGCCCACCUUAUUAAUGGUGAUGUCAUCGCUCACCCUAUCUCUCUUUCCUCCAUUAUUCUUCUUUAAUUUCUUAUAUUACACUGAUGUUGGCUCCACCCUCUUUGUAUUAUUUGGCUACUUAAUGUCGAGACAGCACAGACACCUCCUUGCUUCAAUUUCGUUAGGAGUGAGUCUGUUGUUUCGACAGACUAAUAUUGUGUGGGCGGCAUUUGUGGGAGGAGCAUCUAUACUGAGACACUUGGAACUGGAAUUAUCAAGAAAUAAAAAGCUUCCAUCUUUAUUUUAUCAGUUCAUUACUCUAUUAAAGACUCUUCUAUUCCAACUACCAGCUGUUCUCUCUUGGGUGUGGUCAUACGUCUUAUUAGGAAUUGGUUUUAUGAUAUUUAUAAUUAUUAAUAACGGAGUUGUACUAGGAGACAGAUCACAUCAUAUUGUCAGUACACAUGUACCACAAGUAAUGUACUUCUCAUGUUUUGUUUGUUUCUUCUCUUUUUGGAAUAUUCUCUUCCGUUGGAAAUUAUUUUUAAAGUCGUUUUUCAAUCAUUUUUUUCGAUACCUAUUCCUUUAUGUACUACUGACAGCAAUUGGACUAAUGGCUGCUCACUAUUACACUUAUGAGCAUCCAUAUUUACUAGCUGAUAAUCGUCAUUACACGUUUUAUAUUUGGAAGAAUAUUUACAGAAGAGAUGAGGAAAUAAAGUAUUUCCUUACUCCAAUGUAUAGCGUUUGCAUGAUAAUAAUAAUGACAUUAUUAAGAGAGCAACAGUCCUUUUGGUGGAUGUUAUUAUACUCUGGUGUUUGUAUAGUAACGUUAGUACCACAAUCUUUAUUCGAGUUCCGGUACUUCAUAAUUCCAUACCUCAUGUUCAAGGUUCAUGUCAGACCCAGUUCCUUGGCAGCCAUUUUAUUAGAGGUGUGUCUUUAUGGCGCCAUUAAUACUCUGACUCUAUUGAUAUUCAUUAAUAAACCUUUUCAAUGGGAGGGAAGCUCACAGUUGCAAAGGUUCAUGUGGUAAGUGUACCACCAGCAGCUGGUAUUAAAUAACUUGAUGUCAAAAGUGUAUAAAUAUAAAUAAAUAAAAUAAACGAUAA